ACAAAAUUGAUAUUUUUAAUGUUUUCAGAUAAAUAGAGACAUAUAUGAGUGUGAGGAAAUAAAAUAAAAUGACUAAAUCUGUGAAUGCAGAACCUAUUAGAUUUGAAACUGGUAGAGGGGUCUCUAGGGGCCGGGGUCAAGGGCCAACCUGCUAACGAAGGAUUAUAAUAUGAAGACAAGUAAAUAAUAAACGAACAGAUCACCAAAAGGAUGCAAGUUUACGUCUGGUUAAUAUUCUGUAUCCCAGCAUUGUAUUAUGCAAGACCGUAUUCGCGUAGUAAAGAUGAUCUGGCAGAUCUCUCAAUACCAGAGAUAGAACAACUUCUUCACAAAUAUAAAAUAUCCCAGCUAAAUUUAAGAUCCGCAAGAGGACUUUUAUCAAGAUUUUCUAGUCCAGGAAAAUCCAGUCAACUUGUAUCAGCUUCACCAAACCAAACCUUCACCAUAGAGAAUGGGUCGGCGCUUCCUGGCAUUCAAAUAUCAUUUUCAGUUUCUCAACAACAAUCUCAAACUCAGCAAUCUUCCAAUAAAAAUGAUCCUCUGAUCAGAUACUUACUGAAACUUUGGAUAAAGAAGAGAUUAGAGACAUUAAGACAAACAACAACACCAGCCACCUCAAAUAUACCAACAUCAUCAUCAUCAAUAAUAUCAUCAUCAUCAUCAUCAUCAUCAUCAUCAUCAUCGUUAUCACAACAAACAACAACAUUAACAACUGAUGUUUCGUCAACAACAACAGCAUCAAGUAUUGUAGGCUCACCGCUUUUCUCCUCAACAACAAUUAUUCCAUCAACAAACCCUGGGAAUUUACCUAUUUCUCUUCAAACAACAACAACAACAACAACAACAACAACAACAACAACAACAACAGCAAUAACAGUUUCUGAUGGAUUUCAUAUUUUUAACCAGUGCCAGAGUUUGUUUGCCGGUGAUCCUGAGGAAGAAUUGUUGUGUAUCCUGUUUGCUCAAUUACAGAAACUGGUAGAAUUAUUCGGUCCAUUUAGUUCUAUCUCAUCAAAUACAUUCCCAACCGUUUCCUGUCUAUAUCUUUCCAACCCUACCAGCUCAAACCAACUCUGCAAACUUUGGUGCAACAUUCUUCUCUAUCAAGGAAGUAAAUGUACUAAAAGCUGUCCCUCCCAGUAUAUUGGACAGCCACAGGAAAAUCUUUUGUGUAACCUGCACCAACAACUAGUAAACCUUGAGAACAUGUAUACUGGUACUGUGACUAAUGGGCAUUAUCUAUCUAUUGACUGUGAAUACCAAAAUUCAGAUAAUGCUGACGAGCUGUGUGAUAUCUGGUGCCAGAUUCAGAUAUUCAAUGGUCGUAGUUGCUCAACACUUUCUACAAUUCAGCCAUGUCCAUCAAGAUACAAUUUAGACCCCGAGGUUGAUAAACUCUGUGACCUGUGGACAGAGUUAAAUACUCUAAAUAACAAACCAGUUCCAAUCUAUGAUACUUUAGAACCGAUUCUCUGCAUCCAUCACAACAAUCCCACAAGUGCAGACCUGCUCUGUAUAUUGUGGUGUCAGUUACAGCAGAUCAAGGGUUAUAAAUGUACCCUAUGUCCUGAAGAGUAUCUGCAGCUACCUCAAUCUUCAACUGUCUGCAGUGAAUGGACAGAACUGCAAACUCUUCAGCAAAGUGUUGGCUCAGAAGUUGUCUCUGUUGCUCAACUUCUUCCUGUGGAAUGUAUUUACAAAGGAACUACCCCAAUAUCCAUUCUUCUCUGUGAUUUGUAUUGUAAAGUACAAGUAUAUAAAGGCAAAAUGUGUAUGGAUAAUCCCACAACAACCCCAACACCCUGUCCCUAUGUAGACAAAUUAGAACCUCUUCUUUGUGAACUUUGGGAACAGUUAGCAAAUGUUUCCAAUGUUGUGUCAACUACUUCACAGUCUGCAAAUGCAUUAACAUUGUGCCCCUACUAUAAUAACAUCUAUGGAAAUGAUCUGUGUGACCUUUGGUGCAAUAUUCAGCUGUACAGUCAGUCUAGUUGUGUUACCUGUCCUGAAGAAUACCAAGGAAAAAUACAACAAGAAAAAAUCUGCAGCAUUUGGCUUGAUCUUGUCAACUUAGAAAUGACAAAUAACACUUUAAGCAACUUAAAUAAACCAAUGCUAGUAGAAUGUCCAUUUCAAGGAGAAUCAAACUCAGACAUUCUAUGCUUUCUUUGGUGUCAAACCCAAAGCAUACUUGGCUCAAAAUGUGUAAUAUGCCCUGAGGAACUUCAGAACGACCCUGAAAACAAUCUCCUUUGUGAAUUAUACUUUCAACUCCAAGUAUUAGAAGAAGAGAUAACACAACCCCCACUAGAAGUUGACAUAUAUUGCAUUUAUACAAAUCAUUCAACCAGUUCCGCCAAACUUUGUAGUCUCUGGUGUGAAAUACAAAAAUUUAAAGGCUCAAAAUGUAUACAAUGUCCGGAACAAUAUGAUUUAGAUCCAGAAAAAGCCAUAUUGUGUGAUCUGUAUGAAGAACUGCAGCUAUUAAAAGAAUCUGAAGAUCUAUCAACUAUAUCAUCAGCUGAACUUAAACCCAUUGUUUGUCAAUAUGAGGAUAAUCCAACUAGUGCCAUUCCUUUAUGCAAUCUUUGGUGUGAAAUACAAGAGUUUAAAGGCUCUCAGUGUGUACAAUGCCCAACACAAUUUGAUUUAGAUCCAGAAAAAGAGAACUUGUGUAACCUGUAUGAAGAGUUACAGUUACUUCAAGGUUCCAAUGAUGUUUCUACUGUUUCAUCAUCUGAACUUAAACCUAUAUAUUGUCAAUAUGAGGAUAAUCCAACAAGCUCAAUUCCAUUAUGUGAUCUCUGGUGUCAAAUACAAGAAUAUAAGAAUUCAAUCUGCAUAAAAUGCCCAGAACAAUAUGAUCUAGAUCCAGAAAAAGACAAGCUGUGUGAUCUGUAUGAAGAACUGCAGCUAUUAACACAUUUUGAUGAUGCAUCAACUGUAUUACCAUCUGACCUAAAUCCCGUAAUUUGCCAAUAUGAUGAUAAUUCAACAAGUUCAGUUCCUUUAUGUGAUCUGUGGUGUCAAAUACAAGAAUAUAAUGGAUUUAAAUGUAUAAAAUGCCCACAACUAUAUGAUUUAGAUCCAGAAAAAGACAUAUUGUGUGAUCUAUUUGAAGAACUUCAGCUAUUGAAAGGAUCUAAAGAACUAUCAACUAUAUCAUCAUCUGAUCUGAAACCUAUAGUUUGCCAAUAUGAGGGCAACCCAACAAGUUCAGUUCCUUUAUGUGAUCUGUGGUGUCAAAUACAAGAGCUUGAAGGCUUUAAAUGUGUAGAAUGCCCGGAACAAUAUGAUUCAGAUCCAGAAAAAGAGAAUUUAUGUGAUUUGUAUGAAGAACUACAGCUAUUAAAAGGGUCUGAAGAUCAAUCAACUAUAUCAACAUCUGAUCUAAAACCUAUAGUUUGUCAAUAUGAGGAUAAUCCAACAAGUUCAGUUCCUUUAUGUGAUCUCUGGUGUCAAAUACAAGAGUUUAAAGGAUCUAAAUGUGUUCAAUGUCCGGAACAAUAUGACUCAGAUCCAGAAAAAGAGAAUUUAUGUGAUUUGUAUGAAGAGCUGCAACUAUUAAAAGGGUCUGAAGAACUAUCAACUUUAUCAACAUCUGAAAUUAAUCCUAUUAUUUGUCAAUAUGAGGAUAAUCCAACAAGUUCAAUUCCUUUAUGUGAUCUUUGGUGUCAAAUACAAGAAUAUAAAGGAUCUAAAUGCAUACAAUGCCCAGAACAAUAUGAUUUAGAUCCAGAAAGAGACAAGUUGUGUGAUCUGUUUAAAGUAUUACAAUUACUUCAAGAAACAGAUGAUCUAUCAACUAUAUCAUCAUCUGAACUUAAACCCAUAGUUUGCCAAUAUGAGGAUAAUCCAACUAGUUCAGUUCCUUUAUGUGAUCUCUGGUGCCAAAUUCAAAAGUAUAAAGGACUAGAAUGUAUUUCAUGUCCUGUUGAUUUUACAAAAGACCCAGAAAGUUCUACAUUAUGUCAGUUACAUGCAGAUCUUCAAAUACUUGCUAGUUCCGAAUCAACCACCUUGAAUACAAACAUGGGAGGCACUGUAAUAUGCCCAUAUUUAUCCAAUCCAACAAGUUCUCAACUACUUUGUGAAGUCUGGUGCAAAAUUGAGAUUUUAAAAGGAAACACCUGCUUUAUUUGUCCUGAACAGUUCGAUAAGAAUCCAGAAAGAGAGGAAUUGUGCAAGCUUGCUGAAGACCUGACAGAAUUAGAGUUAAGCCAGGGAAGCCUAAUGAACAUAAUGGCAUCUGACUUUAAACCAGUUACUUGUGUUUAUUCAGAAAACCCCACAAGUUCUGAAGAGCUCUGUACUAUUUAUUGUCAGAUUAUUCAGUAUAAUGGGCAGAUGUGUGAAGACAAUGUUUGUCCAAGCAUGUUUAAUGAUGACCCAGAAUAUAUGCUUAUUUGUGAGUUGUGGUCUGAUCUCCAGUUGGUAAAGGAGGAGUUUGAUGCCAACCCUGUGCUGUCCACCCCAUCAAAAAGUAUAAGAUGUAUUUAUGAGACAAACCCAACCAGUGCAUUGAUCUUGUGCCAGCUGUAUUGUCAGAUUCAAAGUUAUGUUGGGGAAAUAUGUGAAACAGAAUCAUCAACCCCAACAUCAACAACAACAUCAACAACAACAUCAACAUUAACAACAUCAACAACAACAACAACAACAACAACAACAACAACAACUACAAAAACUACAACCACUACAACUGAUUCAACUACAUCCACAACUAAAGCUCCAUGCCCAGCAUUUUACCAAGGAAAUUCUGCAGUUGACCUUCUUUGUCUCUUAUGGACAAAUUUGAAAGAAUAUGAGUCUAUGGUUGGGUUAACACCCCAAAAUGCUGCAGGAUCACUACCAGUGACCUGUAUUUACCUGAACGACCCAAGUGGAAAUGAGCUUUGUGAUCUUUGGUGCAGUUUGCAAGCGUAUGAGGGCAAGGUUUGUGUUGAGGAUGCAACAACUACAGAAUUAGGACACAACAUUCUCGAUUUCUGUCCCCUCUGUGAACCUGAUGGUUUGCAGCUCCAGAACAAACCUGUUUAUUUACCAACAAUCAUAAGCAGUACAAUAGGGACUGCAUCAGAAAUGUACACUGAAAAACCAGUAAUGGAAAGCACAGAAAUAGAUGAGAGCGAAGCGAAUACAGUUUGCAGUAAAAGCACAACACAAUCUCCAGUAUUCAGUACAACUGUACCUUCAUCUACUUUAGGUGAUCCAACAGCUGGGUCUGAAUCUGGAACUAUACUGUCAUCUGGAUCAGAAAUUACAUCAACAGCAACUUCCUCACCAUCUGUGACAGCUUCUAUACCAAUAACCACAGAGACAUCAACAGCAAUUAAAACUACAUUAUUUGGCCCUUCCCAUUCAUUAGAUGAACCUACAACACAACCUUCUACUUUUACCUCAACUGCAUCAUCUACAUCUUUAAUGUCUUUAAAUACACCUUCUUUUGCUUCAGUCUUGACUACAACAUCAGUUACAUCAAAACUUCCAAUGAUCUUUACAACUCGACCUACUUCAACUUUGAUCACAUCUUUGGCAUUAACAACAGAAAAUUUAAAUCCAGAACAGCUAACAACAACAACUCCAACUACUACUAUAACAGCACAAACUAAAUCGACUAUCAGAACAACAAUUGGUAUAUCUACAAACAAUCUUCUGAUCUCCACAGCAAGAAAUAUAGAAACAUCAACAUUUUUUGAGGGAAGUUUUGAAUUUUAAUAAGAGAUGAACUAAAUAUUAUUUAAAAGAUCCUUUUUAUCAUUUAUUAAAAUUAAUUUGAAAAUUUCGUUUAGGAAAUUUUCAGCAUAAAUGUAGGACAAUUUGGUGAUGAUUUUGAUACAACUGAUUCCUUAACUACAUUAUCUUCAUCUUUUACUACAACUACAACUACAACUACAACUACAACUACAACUACAACUACAACAACAACAACAACAACAACAA